ACGCGUAAGCUCCAUCUGAAGAGUGAAGAGGCGCGACCGACCGAUGCUCCCUCCUUUUCCCACCACCUUCCUGUCAUCCCUGAUCCUGAUCCCCGUCGUCGCCUUUCUCCUGUUCGAUCCCCACCCACCUUUCUGCUAGCCGCGCGUUCGUAACCGGCGAGCCAUCCACCUCGAUCGUCGACGCCGAUAAGUACACUCCCUCCAACGCCACCCGCUAAACCCUCCUAAACCUGCUCGCCUGCUUAGCUUCUUCACCGUUCGCCUCACGGAAUCGCGCGCGCGCGCUACCACCGGGCGAUCGAGCUCCGGCCGCCGGUAACACAGCUGCAAGCGCGCCCACACGGUUGCCGCGCGCGGCCUGCCUCGGGGCGAGAGUAAUGGGAGCCGCGGCGUCGAGGGAGGGGGACGCGGCCCGGGCGGCGGCGCGCGAGCACACGAAGCGGUGCCGGGAGCGGCGGCGCCUCAUGCGGGAGGCCGUGCGGCAGCGGCGCCUCCUCGCGGCCUCGCACGCCGCGUACCUCAGGUCGCUCGGCGUCGUCGCGUCCACGCUCACGCGGUUCGCGGUCGGCGAGCCGCUCCCGGUGUCGGACCACACCCCGCCCGCCGUGAUCGUGCACCGGGCCGUCGCCCCCUCCUCGCCGCCGCCGCUGCUCCGCGCAAUCGACCAGCCGCAGCGCGAGGCGCAGCAGCAGCAGCAAGAGGGCGGCGGCGUUUUUGUUGACGUCAGCCCGGUGGCGGCGGCGGCGGCGGCCACGCGGACCGAAGGCGGCGGCGGCGUCGGGGCCGAGGAGGAGCUCAGGAUGGUGGUCAGGCACCGCAGCCUCGCGGAGGUCGCGGCGGGCCUCGAAGAGUACUUCGUCAAGGCCAGCGUCGCCGGCGACGCGGUGUCGGCCCUGCUCGAGGCCACCACCACCGAGUACAAGGGUGGCUCGCACAGCUUCCUGGGCGCGCUCUGCUGCCUGUCAGCGCCGGCGGUCGACCGCAUCGACAGCAUGAGCGGCCGCCAGAGGCACAGCGCCACCUUGCAGCAGCUCCUGGCAUGGGAGAAGAAGCUCUACAAGGAUGUCAAGGCGAGGGAGCGGCUGCAGAUCAGGCACGACAAGAAGCUCGCGGCGCUGCGCGACCAGGAGUACAGCCGGAAGAUCGGCGUGGACAUCCAGAAGCUCAAGGCGGCGUGGGACAGGGCGCGCGCGCAGCUGGAGGCCGCCUCCGGGUCCGUGGACACGAGCGCGCCCGCCAUCGCGGAGCUCCGGGACACCCACCUCGCGCGCCAGGUCCUGGGGCUCUGCCACGCCACGCUCGACAUGUGGAGGGCGAUGCGGCAGCACCACGAGGUGCAGGGCCUGAUCGCGCAGCAGCUGCGCGGGCUGAGCAGCCGCACGUCCAUGGAGCCCACGACGGAGAUCCACCACAAGGCGACGCGGGCGCUCGAGGCCGCCAUGAACGCCUGGUGCGCCGCCACGGCCGCCGUGGCGAGGCACCAGCGGGACUACGUCCACGCCGUCGGCGGCUGGCUGAAGCUGACGCUGGCGCCGGUCAACGGCGCCGGCGCGGAGGAGGCCUCCCCGGUGGCCGCGGAGCUCGCCGCGUUCGCCGACCGGUGGGGGAAGGUGCUCGACCGCGCGCACUGCGUGGACGUGCUCAAGUCGAUCAAGGGCUUCGCGGCCGCCGCGCGCGCCGUCCACGCGCUCCAGGGCGGCGAGCUCCGGGUGGCGCGGCGCAUGCGGCGGCACACGCGGGAGCUGGACCGCAAGUCCCGGAUGCUGCGGCAGGUGGAGAAGAGCUACUACGACUCGUACCUGCCCGGGAGCAUGUCGCUGUGGCACUGGUGGAGGCCGAUGGGGAGGGAGGACCACCUGCAGGCGCGGGACGCGCGCAACGAGGUGGCGCAGCGGAGGGACGAGAUCGCGGCGUGCCGGAAGAUGGUGGAGGACGAGAUGCGGAGGCACGCCAAGGCCAUCGACGCGACCAGGACGGCCACGGUCACCAGCGUGCAGGAGAAGCUGCCCGCCGUGUUCCAGGCCAUGGCCGCGUACUCGGCGUCGCUUGCGGAUUCGCUAGAGGCAGUGUGCAGGGCUCCGCAGCAAAACACCCACACGCAGCAGUAGCUACAUACGUUUAUUCUUUUUUUGCGUUUCCAUUUUCUGUUUCUUGCAUGUAUACAAAGAUGACACAAAUAUAUAGAGAGAAACACGAAAGACACUCCGUAAGACUACC